GAUUGGUUGGUCUUCGAGUCGGCUUGGACUCUUCUCUUCCUCGCCAACUCCUCCGUGGCGCCGCCGUCUUGCCUGCAGCUUUUUGAGCCUUCGUCAUAUCCACCCUUCUCUCUGUCUCGGCAUCUGUUUGAGCAGUACAAACCCUAUUUUUGGAAUUUUAUAGCAUUGUUUCGUGAUCAGUCAGUUAUAUUUAACAUAUGAUCUAAUUAUCCCAAGCACGCUUCCUCGACUUCCUAUCUCGACUCUCCCAAGUCACAACCCUCGACCUCCCCCCUACUCCAACUACUGGAAGCGCCGAUCCAUCAGGUUCUGAUCGAUUCUUCUGCCCCGAUCCGCAGCGGCAAGCGGAGAUGAACUGCGAGACCUGUCAGCUGAAAGAACUGGAGCUGGAACUGACGGAGAUCAGGGAUGUUCUGCGCUGUAUUUUGCACACCAUAUUCUUCCAUAGAACCCUCAGCCUGGUUCGCCCCAAAGAUGUUGACUGUGAUUUCCUCGAUAUUACUUAUGUACAAUGUGGUCUACCGGAACUAGAAAAGGAAGUUGACGAAAAGAUAGACCAGUUCAGUGCAUGGGUGGAGAAACACCCAAACCGCAGAAGCCAGAUCUGCCUCUCCUUUUUCGACGAGAAACACAGACACCCUGGUUGGUUUGUCAACAAAACAGAGCGCAUCUAUUGGGAGCAAUGGUUCAUCAAUUUGCAAGUCAUGUUCCCCAAAAGAUACAGCAAGUCAAACAGCUCCAAAGGGCUGACAAACAUCCAAGCAAAUGCCGUGGAGGAGACCAGCACAAGGCGUGCUGCAUUGGAGGCGUCGAUUAACGAAGUGCUGUUCCAGAUCAUAAAGUUCGCCAACGAGAAAAAGGACCACAUUCCUGCUAUCCCUGACAGGAUUUUCAAUCACGAGAUCAUGAUCCCAAGGUGACCCCUUUUCCUUGGACGUGUUGACAGCUCGGAUUCUGUAUUUGGAUGGAACACGGACGUCAUUCGCAGAGUUCUGAAUAGCGGGCACCCAUACUCGCUUUAACUGAAGACGACAUCUCAGUGGGCGCCCGUAUUCAGUUUAUUAGCGUGCUGCCGCCCUGUUUGGAAGACGGCUCUGUUAACCAUCGUGGUGAACCAUAUAAUAUGCCUAAGGAAAAACCUAGUUCUGUGUACAUCACCCUGCUCAUCUGGCAUGUACAUACUGUGUUGGGAUCUUGCUCAUCGGUCAAACAUUCUUAAGUUCGAUUAAGUUUAUAAAUAACAAUAUUAUGAUUCUAAAUAAGUUUAUCAUGUAAAAGUAUUUUUCAUGAUUGAUACUUAUUGCGAAGCA